AUGAAGAGCUUUCUCCAACUCGUUGUCGUCGUCGCCGCCUUGCUGUCCGUGUCCACCGCCGACUUCUGCAGUCAGUGGCGUCUGUCCAAGGCCGGCAAGUACGUGAUCUACAACAACCUCUGGAACAAGAACGCCGCCGCAUCGGGCAGCCAAUGCACGGGCGUCGACAAGAUCAGCGGCUCCACCAUCGCCUGGCACACGUCGUACACCUGGACGGGAGGCGCGGCCACGGAGGUCAAGUCGUACUCGAACGCCGCGCUGGUCUUCUCCAAGAAGCAGAUCAAGAACAUCAAGUCGAUCCCCACCAAGAUGAAGUACUCGUACUCGCACUCCUCGGGCACGUUCGUCGCUGACGUGUCGUACGACCUGUUCACGAGCUCCACCGCCAGCGGCAGCAACGAGUACGAGAUCAUGAUCUGGCUGGCCGCGUACGGCGGCGCCGGCCCGAUCUCCAGCACGGGCAAGGCCAUCGCCACCGUCACCAUCGGCAGCAACAGCUUCAAGCUGUACAAGGGCCCGAACGGCAGCACCACCGUCUAUCAACCACCAGGCCUUCCACUCAGUACCUGACCACGCUCGAAGCCGGCACGGAGCCCUUCACGGGCUCGAACGCCAAGAUGACCGUAUCCUCGUUCUCCGCCGCUGUCAACUAAGUCAACGACAACUAAAGUGAAUAUGAAUGAUUGAUACUCGU